GGGAAAUUCCCCCCUCUGGGACCUCUAGUGUAUGCCUCUCUUGGGGCCCCAUGUUGCAAUGGAAGGCAAGGAGCCAAGGGACUUAUUACCCAAGGCAGGAUGGGCCCCAUCCAGAGGUCAAUAAGAAGGAGCUGUGGGACAGGAGCUCAUGCCCAGAACCGAGUUGUGCCCUGCUGAGCUCUCUGCCACGUGCCAGCUGCAAUGAAGAACACUGUCCUACAUUGCUGGUCAGUCUCCUCCAGAGGGAGGCUGGCCUCCUGCCCAGAAGGCACAACCGUCACUAGCUGCUCCUGUGGCUCUGGCUGUGGCUCAUGGGACGUCCGUGAGGAUACAAUGUGUCACUGCCAGUGCGGAAGCAUAGACUGGACAGCGGCCCGCUGCUGUACCCUGCGGGUUGGUUCCUGAGGACGGUUGAUUGAGAACUGAGCUUGCCCUCCGAGUGCUGCCGAGGGAUGAGCUUGCCCACCAUGCCCUGCAGAGGAGGGAUGGGGAUGGGGAGAGCGCAGGGGGCAGGAAACGAGAUGAGGGUCUGGAAAUACACAAUGGGAUGAUGGUGGUGAUAAAGAUGCACGGUAAAGUGGACUCAGGCCUUGCGUGGCUUCUUUAGUGGAGAAGGGUGUGUGUUGAAAUUGUCGCACAGCACUGUGACUUUGACUCCCUCCUGCCUACCCUACCUCUCUGAUAGAGUCUCAUAGAGUCCAGGCUGGCCUCGAACGGUACUCACCAUCACAACCGAGAUAGGACCUUAGUAGGACCGAAGGUCCAGAGCUCUCAAGCCUGUCUUUCACCUCUGUGGAUGCAAUGUCAAUUACCUGUUUUUCAGCCAGCGGCACCCAGGGCACUUACACCCCCACGAAUACUAGAAUAUAAACACCCUGGGCAGAGGCUAUCUUUUUCCUUGUAUCUUGAGCUUAGAAUAAAGUCUAGCCUUGGUGCUAGUAAGUAUCUAUAGAGUGAGGGCUGGUGGGAUGGUUCAGUGGGUAAGGAUGCUGCUGCCAAGGCCGAUGACCUGAAUUUGAUGCCUGGAACCUACAUGGUGGAAGGAGAGAGUGGACUCCUGCAAGCUGUCUUCUCCCUUCCACAUGUGCACUGAGGCUCGUGUGCACCACGUGUGUGCACACAAUAAACACUAAUGAAUGAAUGAAUGAAUGAAUGAUGCAAUAAAAAUGUCUUUUGAGCCUGG